CUUGAAGUCGGUAUUCGAAUGAGUGGACAGGGGACCCAGAUGACUAAGCCAACCGCCGUUGUGGCGGUGGCUGUCAUCCGCCGGUAAAAGCUCGGCAGGCAAUUUGCUCGUGAAGAUCGAAAGGUAUAAGCUUGGAACAGUCGAUCUCGUCUUUCCAAGCAAACCAGACGAUUUUAUCGGAAUUCCCCCGCCAUGUCCAAGUCAAUCGCGACCUCGAAGGGCCUCCAGGGCAUAUUGGCCCAGCUGCCUGCCCGCCAAUGCCAGCGCUGUUUCUCCAGCAGCGCUCUCCAACCGAAGCAGCUCCGGCCUACCCUCCCGCGUGCGCCCAUGCAGUCUCGACAGCCCAUUACCCAGCGACGAACCAAGUACAACACGAUCGAGAAAGCUAAGAGCAGAUAUGCCAAUGGGCCCUUUUCCUGGAAGUCCGGCUUGCUGUUUGUGGGCACUUGCGGCUUGCUGGUGUGGUACUUUGAGUUCGAAAAGAGUCGCAUGCAGCGCAAGAGGAUAGCAGAGGCGGCCAAAGGCGUUGGUCGGCCGAAGGUGGGCGGCUCUUUCGAGCUGAUUGAUCAGGACGGGAAGCCAUUCUCCAGCGAGAGGAUGAAGGGCAAAUACUCUCUGGUGUACUUCGGCUUCACUCGCUGCCCCGAUAUCUGCCCCGAGGAGCUCGACAAAAUGGCCCGCAUGCUGGACGUCGUCGAAGCCAAGGCCCCAGACGCCUUACUGCCCCUCUUUAUUACCUGCGACCCCGCCCGAGACGACCCCAAGGCCCUCAAGGAAUACCUCGCCGAAUUUCACGACAAGUUCAUCGGCCUCACCGGCACCUACGAACAGAUCAAGGCGCUCUGCAAGAAGUACCGUGUCUACUUUAGCACGCCCCAGAAUGUCAAGCCUGGACAAGACUAUUUGGUGGAUCACAGCAUCUAUUUCUACUUGAUGGACCCUGAAGGCGACUUUGUGGAGGCUCUGGGCCGACAGCAUUCCCCGGAUCAAGCUGCGCAGAUCAUCUUGGCUCAUAUGAAGGAUUGGACCAGCAAAUAAGGAUUGGCGCCCAUAACCCAAAAGAAGACAGACUGAUACGAUAAGGGAGGAGUGGCGGGUUCUGUAAAGCAUUGUACCAUGUACC